CCCGGGGGCCGGGGCGGGGCCGGGGGAGGCGCUGCGCAUCUGCAGGGCCGCGGUCGCGCAUGCGAACGAAGCCCAGACGGCUGGAGCCGCCGCCACCGCUGCCGCCGCUGCUGCCGCCCCUGCCGCCGAAGCUGCCGCCUCCACUCCCGGGAGCAUGAAGGACCGGACCCAGGAGCUCCGCACGGCAAAGGACAGUGAUGACGAUGAUGAGGUCACCGUUACCAUGGACCGAGACCGUUUCAUGGAUGAGUUCUUCGAGCAGGUGGAAGAGAUCCGAGGUUUCAUUGACAAGAUCUCAGAAAACGUGGAAGAGGUGAAGAGGAAGCACAGCGCCAUCCUCGCCGCCCCCAACCCGGAUGAGAAGACAAAAGAAGAGCUGGAAGAACUCAUGUCAGACAUAAAAAAGACUGCCAACAAAGUCCGCUCCAAACUCAAGAGUAUCGAGCAGAGUAUUGAGCAGGAGGAGGGACUGAACAGGUCGUCCGCGGACCUGAGGAUUCGGAAGACCCAGCACUCCACGUUGUCCCGAAAGUUUGUGGAGGUCAUGUCCGAAUACAACGCCACCCAGUCUGACUAUAGGGAGCGCUGCAAGGGCCGAAUCCAAAGGCAGCUGGAGAUCACUGGCAGAACGACCACAAGUGAGGAGCUGGAGAACAUGUUGGAGAGCGGGAACCCCGCCAUCUUUGCUUCAGGGAUCAUCAUGGACUCCAACAUCACCAAGCAGGCCCUGAGCGAGAUUGAGACCAGGCACAGCGAGAUCAUCAAGCUGGAGAACAGCAUCCGAGAGCUCCACGACAUGUUCACAGACAUGGCCAUGCUGGUGGAGAGCCAGGGUGAGAUGAUCGACCGCAUCGAGUACAACGUGGAGCACUCCGUGGACUACGUGGAGCGCGCCGUGUCGGACACCAAGAAGGCCGUCAAGUACCAGAGCAAGGCCCGAAGGAAGAAGAUCAUGAUCAUCAUCUGCUGCGUGAUCCUGGGCAUCAUCAUUGCCUCCACGUUCGGGGGCAUCUUUGGGUAGACCGCGGCCCUCCCCAUCCCCCCUUCGGACCGCCCACGACAAGGAGGUGCCAACAGCUGCUGCUAACGCGGGGCCCCUGGGGAAGCGGCCCCACACCGGGGCCCAGAGCCCCCCCCUCGUGCUCGUGCGCCCCUCCCCCACCCCGCCACAAGGGCUGGCCCCCUCCCAGAGCAGCUGAGCCAUGUCAUGUGCAUGAUCUCAUUGUAACACUGUGUGUGUCUGUGUGGAAGGGGCUGAGGGCCUCGGGGGCAGGGCCGGGCAGUGGGGGCAGGGCUGGGAUUCUGGGGUGGAAAGGGCUGUGAGAGGAAAACCAGCCAAGGGAAGCGGAAAAGGGAAGGGGCGGCCACGGGCCCAGGGACCCCCAGGCCUCCCAGAACUCCCCAGACCCCCCUCUGACCCCGCCCAUCCACCCCAAGCCAGGCCCACCCUGGGCUGAGCGCCAGGCCUGAGUGCCCUCGCCCAGCUCAGGGCCGCUGCCCCCUCCCACAAGCCCCAGGCCCCUGACCUCGGACUGUCCCCUCCCGGAUCGAGUCCCACAAUGGCCAGAACCGGGUCGGGGCCCCUUGGUGCUGUUGCCCAUUCUCAGGGAGGGACCAGCGAGGUGACACUGCUGAUCACUGCCAGGCUGGCACUGCCCAGGGUUCAACCUCCGACCCUUUCCGGCUCUCCCAGCCUCUCGCUCAUGUCCGUGAGAACCCAGAGAAAGACGGAGAACAUCCAAGUCCAGCCCCGAGGCCUGCAGGGCAAACCCCCCUCCGCCCCUCUCCCGGGGUCUUGUCCCCCUCCCCUUGAGUUCCUGUGAUGGGGAGGGAGUGGGCAGCCGGGCCUGGGCCCUCGGGGGGCAGCGAUGGAGCCCUCCAGUCGCCCGCCGGUCCGGCCCCUCGUUCCUCAGCCCUCCGGGUUGGGGUCCCUGCGCCCGUGGAUGUUGCAUGUACAGGGCAUGCUCCCUGAGCCCCAGGCUUCACUGUGCCCUCCCGUACCCCUCCUGCCUUCUCCCUCGCUUGAUGUGCCUUGUGCCAGGUCUGACGGGGGUGACGUUGUCGCAGUAUUCAUCAGCCAGCAGGGGGCCCUCCUCCCGCUGCUUGGGACUUUGGGGGAGUCCAGAAACAAAAUCCCCACUUGGAGCUGCCCCUGCCCCAUUCCUCCCUCCUUCCUGUGGGUGCCCUGGCAGGCACAGGCUCCCGGGGGUGCCCAUGCUCCUCCGGGAGUGGCUGUGUGUGGGUGUGAGUGUCUGUUUGUGUGUGUGUAUGUGUGUUGUACAUGUGUACGGUACAUCUGCGCCCGCGUGCUCGGUGCCCUCGCCAGGGCCCGCCCAGACUCCCUGUGCCCCUGCCCCCCAAGGCUUCGCUCCGGCCCAGUGACUGUGACCACUGUCCUGCGCUGCCCCUCCCCUCUCCCUUCUCACCAAAGCUCUUGGUGCAACCAGCUGCCCAUUUUGUGAAAUUUUUAUGUAGAAUAAACAUUUGUAUCUGUACCGGA